AUGCGCAUGGUCUAUUCUCACAAGAAAAACUACACCGGUCGAGUCGCAACUGCGAGUAGUGAAAGCAGAAAUGAGAAGACAUACAGAUAUUGUAGACAUACAGAUAUAAUAGAGUCGCAAGGCGUAAGCGAGAGCGGAGUAGAGCGGCGAGCCCUCGUUAUCAGCGGCGAGUCGCGCAAGAGCCUAAUCACUUUCGUUGCAACCCCGCGAAGGAGGUCGGCGGGCGGCGGGCGGCAGUCGGUGCCGCGCAGUGGGUGCGCGCAGGCGUGCGCCGGAUCGCGCGCG